AUGAAUCCUUCAAACCCACACAAGACCCCCAAGGGAGAGCUGAACCAGCGGCACACCAGGACCUGGUCUGGGUUUAGACGGCGGGAGGAAUCACUUGAUUUGACCGUGGACGUUCCUGUCCCCUCAGCGAAGGCAGAGGGCCGCUCGUGCGAGUACAACGGGCGGAUUUACCAAAACGGCGAGAACUUCCACGCCGGCUGCAAGCACCAGUGUACCUGCAUCGACGGGGCGGUGGGCUGCGUGCCCCUUUGCCCCAGCCACGUGCCGUUGGCGUCCCCCUCCUGCCCGGCGCCGCAGCUGGUCAAGGUGCCGGGCCAGUGCUGCCUCACCAUCGACUGCCAUAAGGGAACCCCCCUGGUGCCCCCCGUGCGGCGCCGACCCCAGCCCCCGGCGUACCCGCCCUACCCGUUCAUCCCCUACCCGGCACACCCCUUCCCGAAGCCGUAUCCCAAAGCUUACCGGAAGCUGUACCCCUACAGACCCAAGAAGGAGAAGGACACCCUGGGGAACGAGCUGGUGGAGGGGGGCGGGCGCAGGUGGGACAAGCCACGUGGCAACAAGCGCCUGGCGGCCUGGAAACAGGUGGCGGAUCAGUGUGCGGUCCAGACUACGUCCUGGUCCCAGUGUUCCCGGAGCUGUGGGAUGGGCGUCUCCUCUCGGGUUACCAAUGACAAUGCCCGCUGUAAGCUGAUCAAGGAGACGCGUCUGUGCAACAUUCGGCCCUGCAGCUCCAUGUCUGUGCCAGCCAAGGUGAGGAAUGUGUGCUAAGAUUCUCAGGCUACA